UGAAACCUCUCCUGGUAACCGACCAAACACACACGAGACUUGGAGGAAAAAAAAACAAAAAAAAAAAAACAACUGCAUUUCUGAAGCUAAAGGAUAAUGUCAGGAUUUACAGAUCCUGGAGACGCAGAUACAACCUUCCUUACAGAGAUGCAUCCCAGCUUAAUCUGACAUUAACAAUGCAGGAUACUAGUGGUUUGAGGGCUGAAGCACCUCUCCCAAUGGAUAGCCAGGAGGCUAAAGCGUGCCAAAAGGAGAAGCCAGCUUCUGCUGUAGAUGAAACUCUGGAUGAAUAUUUAAUCAACCUCCAGCAAAAAAACAGAAUCCAAAAGCGCCAAAGAGGAACAGAUUCGAGGCAGAUUGAAUUGAAGCGCCUCGAAGAAGGAUUUUCUCUUCAUUUUAAUGGAGCCAAUGCUAAACCAAGCCAGAAGAACGCCAAGGGCUCCAGCAGCAAGUUUGACAGCUUUAUGCCAGCUAGGAAAUCUGCAGAUGUCUGCAGAAGCGCCCACCAGCUAACCAAGGACAGUAGAAAUCUGGAAUUUCAGACCAACAGGAAGAGGAGCCAGACAGCACCAGCAAGGGCCCGCAGGAAAGAAUGGACGCAGGAAUCUGUUAGAAUCCGGACAGAGGAUGGCCAGAGUUUGAAGUUAUCACCUCAUAUAUGUUACUCUGACGAUUUAGAGCCCUAUGAAAGUGUGGACAUGGAGAGCUCAAGUCGGCGCUCACCACGUAGCCCCCGCUAUCAGAGGGACACCUCCAAGGCUUCACGCUCCUUUAGCUCCAGGCCUGAGAGCCAGGGAGGCCAAGCCGACCAGGAGCACAGUGAGAAGGUGUUCACUAGUCUCGAGGAAGUUAAGGUUUUGCGUCGUAGCCUGGAGGUCAGCAUGAGACGGAGCAGCAGGGGCUCAGUGGGGGACGAGUCGGACGAGGAGUGGAUAGAGGAGCAGAUUGAAAGGGAAGAGAGCACAGAGAGCCUGGAUGAACUUGGUUUGCCUCUCUCCUCCUCCAAAUCCUCCUCUAAUUCCCAGAGAAGCGGGUCUAACAGCCAUUUUGACAAAGAAAACGUAAUUUUUCUGGGCUUUGGAACCCCCCCUAAAAGUCAUAAGAUCGACCAUUCUGUGAAAAGGAAAGAAAACGACGACUCCUUUAUAGCAGCCAGGCCUCUGUUGGUGAAAAGCAAAACAUUGGAUUGGCCAUCUUCAAAAGAAAGCUGUGAUGAUGGUCAUAGGGCAAGAAGUCGUUCGGAAAGGCCACUGUCAGCAGCUAGAAAGACCUUAGUUGAGGAACAAGACUCAGAAGAUGUCUUUUACGGCACACAGGAAGCCAUAUGGAGGGAAAGCACCCCAGUGGAGAGAGCUGAGGCCCAGGGACUCCAGAAGAGAAACAGUCUAAAGCAACAAAACACAAAUGACCAGGAUGGGAAUGACGUCACUCUGGCCAUGCAGAGAAUAACACUAAUGGGGCCCAGGCAACAACAGAACCUGCUAAAAGCCGUGGAGCAGCCCGAAGCAGAGCCCAGCCACAGCAUUCCUCAGAGUGUGAGAACAGACUACAGCAAGCAGCCGAGAGGACAGUCGUCAGCAGAGGUCACCCCUGCGUUAUACGUUACCAUAGAAAUCCUGUCAAACUGGGGGGAUCCUCUGCAGGUUGGGCUCACAGAGUUGCAGUUCUUCUGCCUCAGGAACAAGAGGCUGUUGGUUUCUCCUCAUGACAUAGACUUCAGGAACGCAGAUGUCCAUCGAAUGUGGAAAGGCUACGAGGGGAAUCUGGAAGCGCUCGUCAACGGAAGGAUGAAGACCACUGAAGACCACCACAUGUGGACAUGCCCCUUCCACCCCCCCAUCCAGCUCUACUUCACCCUCAGAAACACAGAACGUUCUCUGGACUUUGGAAUAUCUGCCAUCAAAAUCUGGAACUACAACAACCCCCUAGACCUGAACGUCGGUGUCCGCCAUGUAAAGCUGUACCUUAACGACGCCUUGGUGUUUGAAGGGGAGCUGGUGAAAGGCUGCGGUAACAGAGUCUUUGACUACAGCUCCACCAUCGAUCUGAAGGGUUUCUCCAUCUCAGACCCCUUGAUCUCCAGCGGUAGUUCUUCAGGGCAACGUCUGCAAGGCGGGAGCCCCCGUCUCCAUGAGGACAGGCAGAGUGGGGAGGGCAGCAGCACUCAGCAGCACCAUUCUUCUAUAGCUCUGUCUGACCCAGUAGACAGGACUAUGUUAAGCAUGCAGGAGAAGCCACACAUGCCUCUUCCUCCCAUCACUUCCUCAGCUCAUCGUCUCUCUUCACAAAGAAGCUCCUUUGACCUUUCCGCCUCAGAGGAGCCCCCGUCCCCCAGACAGCCGGUGGAGCAGCCAGCACCCAAGGAGCAAACGGUCACCACCCAACCAUCCUCCUCAAGAGUUACACCCCAGUGGCUGCAGCCUCUGAAAAGAGGCUCCCCAGAAGGGUGUGAGGCGAGCAGAGACAGGCCCCGAUGGCUGGUACCUCAGCUCUCGACAGAAACCAAACAGGCACAUGCAUCCUCCUCUGCCUCUUCUUCUUCCUCCAUGCUCCCAGAGCUGCCCUGUGACCAAGGCCGGGUGUGCAGAGGGGCCGAUCAGGCACUGAACGGGGUUCAGUGGAAGAAUGAUGCUUUGGACCUGAGCUGGGACCUGUCGGACGAACUGGAGGGUUCAAAGGCGAAGAGACCCAUCAGCGGACGAAGGAGCACGUUCAGAAAUGCCUCAGCAGCCCCUCAGAAGGAGGAGGAACUCUUCAGAGCUCCUGAUGAGCCGCUGUCCUUGGUCAGCUCCACCAGGGGGCACAGCAGCUCGCGGGCCCAGAUCCACAACCAGCAGGAUGAAACUCUCAUGGAGUCCUGGGACUCUCUCACCAAAUUCAACCAAUGUCAGCGUGGGCGCAUCUUCAACACAGGUUUCGAAGGGGACAUACUUGACGAGGUUCUUCAACGCCACGGCAUCAGCUCCCCCGCGCCUCCGAUAAAACCCUCCACACCUCCCAGGACCCCCGUGCCCUCCCUCAACACUCAGGGGGUACUGGGUGAAGGUCUGGCUGACGAUGCCUCCAUGGAGCGAGAGGAUGAGUUUGUGAUCCCGGUUCUGCCUCAGGGCCAAAGGCUGGUGAUAAACAUCCUCUCCACAUGGGGAGACCGCCACUACGUGGGUCUGAACGGCCUGGAGGUGUUCAGCUCUUGCGGAAAGCCCCUCCGGCCGUCCCACAUCAGAGCCGACCCUCCAGACAUCAACAUUCUCCCAGGCUAUGGCAAAGAUCCCCGCGUGGUCAGCAACCUGUUUGACGGCGUCAAUCACACUCAGGAUGACAUGCAUCUGUGGCUGGCCCCGUUUACCCCCGGUCAGAGCCAUACCAUCUUCCUGGACUUCGCAGCUUCCUAUCAGAUCGCCAUGAUCCGAGUGUGGAACUAUAACAAGUCCCGCAUCCACUCGUUCCGCGGUGUGAGAGAGGUGGAUAUGCUACUUGAUGGCAGGUACAUCUUCAGGGGAGAGAUCGCCAAGGCGUCUGGAACCCUCUCUGGCGGACUGGAACAGUUUGGGGACACAAUCCUUUUCACCCUUGAUGAUGACAUUUUGGAGGCUGUGUCUCUGUACGACGAGAUGUUCCUCAGUGAAGGUGAGGGUCCUGAAAGGUUAGUGUAUGAAGAAGAGCUGCAGAGACCACGAACCGCAGACGGAGAGGGAGAAGAAAGAGCUUUCACACAGGCUGGAUUCAGAGAGGAAGACCUCUCUCUGAAACUUCAGCUAAACACUCCUGUGAACCAAUCUGAGGAACAUAUGCAACAGAUUCCUGGCAUGUACACUGGAAAGUGCCUUAGACUGGAGAUAACGAUGACUUGGGGGGACCCCGCCUAUAUGGGCCUGACGGGCCUGGAGGUGGUGGGGCAGGACGGUGAGAGCUUACCUCUGGAUCUCACUAUGAUGGCGGUAACACAGAGAGACUUCAGUGACCUGCCAGAGUACGGAUGGAACACAGGCACACUUGAUAAGCUCAUCGACGGCCAAAACAUUACCACAGAUGAUAGCGCCAUGUGGCUUAUACCUUUUUCCUAUGGAGUACCCAUCAACUUGAGCAUUACCUUCAACAAGCCCCAAACCAUCGCUGGUCUCCGCAUCUGGAACUACAACAAGUCCCCUGAGGACUCCUACAGGGGGGUGAAAGUCUUUCAUUUGUACAUGGAUGAUGUUGCCAUCUCCCCAGCUGAGGGGUUCCUGGUCCGGAAAGGACCGGGCAACUGUCACUUUGACUUUGCCCAGGAGAUCCUCUUUGUGGACUACCUGCUGUCUCCCACUGAUAACCGGAGUGCUGGAAACUCACCAAAAGGAAGUUCUAAGAGGCAAGAAAGGGCCAGUAUGGACUACGAAGCUCCCAUCAUGCCUUGUGGAUUCAUCUUCCAGCUGCAGCUGUUCAGAACCUGGGGAGACCCGUAUUACAUCGGUCUAAACGGCCUGGAGUUUUACAACCAGAACCACGAGAAGAUCCAGCUCACUGAUAACAACAUUGCAGCUUUUCCAGAAAGUGUGAACAUCCUGGACAACAUCAGCGGCGACGUACGGACUCCUGAUAAACUAAUUGACGGCGUCAACGACACCCAAGACGGCAGGCAUAUGUGGUUGGCGCCGGUUCUACCGGGAACGGUGAACCGUGUUUAUGUCAUCUUUGAUCAGCCAGUGACUGUGUCCAUGAUCAAACUGUGGAACUACUCAAAGACCCCUCAGAGAGGAGUCAAAGAAUUUGGGUUGCUGGUGGACGACCUGCUUGUGUACAACGGUAUCCUGGACUGUGUAAACAACACUCCGAGAGGCAUCCUGCCGACCUGUGACCCGGUGGUGCCGUACCACACCAUCCUGUUCACAGAUAACGUUUACGUCACUCACCAUGAGAGGCUCAGCAACAUCAGCCCUCAUGGCAGCAGACAUAACCUACAAAAUUUUAUGGAGGAUCAGGAUGUGAGGAUGACCAACGAGAAUCAGAUUGUUUAUCACAACAAACAAAAACCGACCGCGGAUCCAGCUCUUCGGCCCAAAACCUGCAUGACUGAUGGUGGCAAACAUGGAAAGAGGAGAUACUGACAAGGAGGUGGAUUAUUUUUCCCCACUUUUUUAACACUUUAGUGAGAGCUGGGAGAGGAGACCUUAAGAUGACUACUUUCCUUCCACUUCUGGUGAGAAACUUUUGGAAGCUGAAAAAAUAACACUCAGACGCUGGAUUUUACACUGAAUACUACUUAUUCUCCUCCUUGUGUGGCUGUGGAAACAUGCAUCCACUGAAGCAUGACACAUGUAACCACGUUUUCCCUCCCACGGGAGACCUCUGUAUAUCAGCCUGAUAUCGUUAACUGUGCCUAUUACUAUCUGCAGCUGCUAUUUGUGACUUGUGCAUAUUCUAAUACAUUUGGCAUGUAAUAUAAAUGCCCUGAGUUUCUGUGUUUCUACACCUUAUAUACUGACUGAGCUGAAUAUGAAGAUAUCCAUGCACCAACCAGUUCUAAUGCUAUGCAGACGAUGGUUUAUAAAAAGCAUUGGCAGAGAACUUUCAUUCGAAAGCUGUUCUAAAAAGGUUUUUACCUUUUUAUAAGAUUUAUAACAUUUGAAACCUACUAAAUUCCACAGCUUUUAAAAAUAAAACUGCUGGAAUUAUGCAAAGUAAAUAUAUAUUAUAAAGUUAUUUUUUUUGCUUAGCAUCAGACAUAGCUUGAUUACAAGUGACCUUUACAACAUUAGCUUUAAGUGUUUUUCUGUUAAUUUAAGAGCUUUCUCUAAACAUUUAACCCUAAUAUGCAAAUACUAUUACCUCAAACUGAAACGUAUGGUGUUGAAAACAGGAAACAUGGCUUCACCUUCACCACUAACACUUGGCAGUUAAACUUUUUAUUAAAUCUUCCCUCUACUCAUUGCAUGCCAAAAUUUGCUGUCAUUUAUUAAUAUGUGAUUAAAGGAGCUUCAACUGAGCCCUGCUAUAUACGCUGUCAGAGGUUUAUAUUCUGCAGACUCAUCCAAGGCUGGAAUCUCUACAAAAACAAAACUUUUGUUCAUCUUAAAAACAGAAAUGAAACCACUGGGUUUAUUUAUUUUUUCUGUUGCAGGUACGUGUGAGUUUUUCCAGAACACAGGGUCAAAAUUAUAUAAACAAGCUGAAAUAUUUACACCCACACCUCCUGCUACUACUAUUGAUAUUUGGGAACAUGCCCCAUCUGAUAUAAUGGCACUUCUUCAAACACUUUCGUCUCCUCCUGCUCAGUCAUCAAAUAACGAUUAAGUCUUCUGAUUAACUGGAAGGUGCUGGAAACCCUUUUAACUUUAGUAUAGAUUUAGAACCACAAAAGAAGGGUUAUUUGGUGAUGUUAUGUCUGUGUGAACUAUUCUGGGGUCCAGUAAGUAGAGCUGGGAAAUCAAUUAAUUUAAUCAAAUGUUCAGUUUAUGGCAGAACCUUUGUUGCCCCUUAAAUUACGGUCACCUCCCAGAGGAGGGUUGAUCGGAGAGAAAAAAAAAGGCUUUUACCAAGUAAUUUUCUUUUUUUUUUUACUAUCAAACUAAAGGGAGAAAAACUGAAUAAUCUGAUUCGAUAGAAAAAAAUUGGAGAUUCAAUUAUUACACCAUAUUGUCCAGCCCUACAGUUAGAUACAACAUUGAGGAGCUAUUUUCUGCCACAAAUAGGUUAACCGUCAUAAUCAAAUGAAAGAAAAUUAUCAAAGGAUAUAGCGAGGCUCACUCAGACUGGAACACGGCAGCGCUAGUUUAACAAUCUGGACUUGGAGGCUCAAAACCAAGACAAAAUAACACCUUUACACUGGAUUGAAAUCUGCCACUUCCAUCCAGAUUAUCCAGAUUUAGCCCAACGACAAGCAGACUAAAUUCUAAAAUACAUCUCUGGAUUAUUCUGACUAGAAAAGCCUUUCAAGUUGCCAUUUCUGAACAGAGUGAUCCAGCAUCCAGACAGAAGCUUCCUGGUUUCCAGAUAUCAGUUAAUCAGCUAACAGUGGCUUCAUCGUGAACACCACAUCCUUAAAAAUGAGUCUAUGGAAACAUCUGACAGGAAUGUAUAUAUUUACUAAAUAAACCGCUUCCUUUGGGGAGUGGCUGUGUAUUAAAUGCAGUUUUAUGCAUUUUAUUUUUAAGUGUCUGACAGUAAUAUUUUAUCUGUGUACACCAAGUUAUGGGCUAUUGUAUAUUUGACCUUUAGUGUUUAAUUAUUUUUCUAAUAUUUGUGUAUUCUGUGUAGGUUUAUUUCAAUGAAUAAAAGCUUGAAAUUCA